AAAAUGUGCAAAGUUUCUGGGGCAACAAAAUGGAAACGAAGCAACACAACAGCAAUAAUUUGACAGUUGACAACAGCGCCAUCUGAAGCAACACACACCUGCUUGAUGGGUAAUGUUUGACACAUAAUUACAAUAAGUAUGGUUCGCCUUUAAACUGUCAGUGCAGAAGGCGCGCGACUGACUACAAAAUUUCACAAUUUUUGAUUCUAAUAAAUUUAAGGAUUUUUAUACGAUAUGUGGAUAAUUAAAAAACAGGAUACAGAUGAAACCUUCACUCUUAUUUCGGAAAAAAAUAAUUAUACUGUGGGUCGAACAAGUGCAGAUUUGGUAUUGUCUCAUGAUAAUUCAAUAAGUCGUUCCCAUUCGAUUUUACGUAUUAUCGUUAGCGAUAAAGAGACACUAGCAUUAGAAGAUAUUGGAUCUAAAUACGGGACUUUUAUCAAUGAAAAUAUAGAAAAUAGCGUUAAACUUAACCAAGGAGAACAACAGGAAUUAUCAGAUGGGGAUCGUGUCAGGUUUGGCGUUUUCAAAAAUAUUUGGCAUGUCUCACAUGCACCCAUCAUUAGUGCAAUAUCUGGAUUGUCUUCAGGAGAUGCUAAAAUAUUGGAACAUUAUAUGUCUAUUUUAGGAGGAAAACUUGUAGAUAAAUGGGAUAUGAAAUGUACUCACUUAACAAUGAAGGAAUUCAGAUUGACUGUGAAAGCAUUACACGCCUUAGUUGAACAGAGACCAAUCGUUACUCUUGACUACUGGCGAAAUUUUGUGGACGCUGCACGUCGUGGACGUAGUACACUCCCCCAACCUAAUGAAUACAAGCCUAUAAAUAGCAAUGAUUUGAUGGGACAUAAUCUAGAUUGCACAAUAACACCGGCUCGUAAAACUGUUUUCAGCGGUAUGACAUUUGUGUUUAUGAAUGCGAACCAGCUUGAAUUAUAUGGACCCAUUAUAAUUAAAGCCGGUGGAGCUACAAGAGAUCUAAAAUCUGGUGUGCAAAAAUCGUUUUUACUUAAAAGUAACGUAGUUGUUUUGCAAUAUGUGCCCUCUACCCAAUCGCAAGGUACGCAAACGAUUAAUGUCAUUGAGAACUAUUUAGAAACUAAUAAUCUACGUUUUAUACCUGAAUAUGAAAUUGGACUAGCAAUUGUACACUGUUCUACAGAAAAAUUCUGCAAUCCUUCUUAUAAGGUUAUAAAUGGCCUAAUACCCUCAACAAGUUCCAUGGGUUUAUCUCCUAAUACAUGUCUUGUUAAAAAUACUGAAGCUACUCAGAGUAACGCUAGUGAACGUACUGAAUUAUUUCUACUUGAAACAGAAAAGAUCGGUGUGAAUGAUGAUGGCAAAUCCGGGAGCAAACAAAAUCCAAUAUUAGAUGAUGAAAGUAUGUCUCCUAUUCGUGUUACUGAAAGUGCGGAAGAAAAUAUGCAUUCAAAACGUAAACGGAACAAAAUUAAUCAAAUUGUUAGCGAUGACAGUGAUGACAGUAAUGAAGAAGAGAAUUUAUUUCAAUUAAAAAAAAGAAUGCAAACAAUGGAUAAAGUAACUGGCAAAAAAUCUCCCAUUAAAAACGUAAUUUCCAAACCGAAACCAAAGCCUUUACCUAUUAUAACUACACGGAAAGAAAAAACUACAGUUGAAGGUUUUCAGCAAAAAUCAGGUGUGCAAGUAGAUAAUUCGCCACCACGGAGCAGUAAUACAGCUCAUUUGGAGACGCAGCAACCCUAUAAACGUCCAAUCAUAGCAGUACUUACUGAUAAUGAUGAUAGUGAUGAUGACCUGUUUAAUUUUGGUGGCGGGCCAUUAAAAAAAAUAUGUUUACAAGAUAAAGGUUUCGGUGAAGAACUUUACGAUGUACGAAAUAAACAUAAUGAUAGAGUUGAUCACGCACCAGUUGCUGUACCUACAACAGAACAAUUAAAAAAACCUGUAUUUGUUUUGCCAAAGCCAAAGCCUCUGCCACAAAAAGUGAGUAUAACUGGUUGGUUGUCCUGUGGUAAAACUAUUAAAGAUGAAGAACUUGAUAUGAAAAAUGAGAAUAGUACAGAUGAAAAACAUCAAUUUAUUGAAUCAUUUAAAAAUGCUUUCAUAGUACAAGUGAAAAAGCUGAUAAUAUCUAAACCUUUAGAAGAUCUUUCAUCGUUACAACUUACAUUAAACAAUUCAAAAAACAAUGGAACUCCUAAUUUUAAAAAAUUUGUUAAGACUAAAAAUCUCAGACCGCAGCAAAGAAUCGUACCAACUCAUCCAGUAUCACUUCGGAGUUUGUUAUUAAAUCAAUCAUAAAAUUCGGAAUUCCUUAAUUUUUUAAAACAGAUAUAUAUUU